GCUAGCUAACGUGCGUGCACAGGCCAGGGAUGGCAGAGGCCGGGGAUGCGGCGUCCGUUGCAGCGACGCUCGUCAGUCAAGAAUCCCUCGAAGCGCGUCACGGCUUCGAUCAGCGACCGGAAGAAUACCUCGCUGUGCUCGAACAAGUCUGGCUCAUGUACUUCAAUGACAAGCGGCAUGAAUCUUGCGGCAACCCAAGAAUAGAUCAGCCUGCUAUGCCGGAUUGGCGGAUGCGCGAACGGAUGAAGACAGUGUCUGCGGCGCUCGUGACGUGUCUCAAUAUUGGCACUGAUCCACCGGAUGUCGUCAAGACUGUUCCCUGCGCAAAGCUUGAGUGCUGGGUGGAUCCAUUCCUGCAGCCCGUAUCAAAAGCGCUCGAGACAAUCGGCAAGCACUUGCAGCAGCAAUAUGAAACGCUCUCGAUGCGUACACGCUAUAAAAUCUACCUCGAUCCAUCGGUUGAAGAGACCAAAAAGUUUUGUGCUGCUCAGCGACGGAAUGCGAAGGAUGAACGGACUUUAUUUCACUACAAUGGACAUGGCGUGCCGAAGCCUACCGCUUCUGGCGAAAUUUGGGUCUUCAACAAGACUUAUACACAGUACAUUCCCGUCUCGCUUUAUGAUUUACAGUCGUGGCUCGGGUCGCCGUGCUUGUAUGUCUUUGACUGCAGUGCAGCAGGCAACAUCAUCAGUAAUUUCCAUCGUUUCGCAGAACAGCGCGAUACAGAAAUGCAACGUCAAGCAAGGGAAGAUUCAACAUUUGUGCCUGGUCCAAGUCAAAAGGAGUGCAUCUUGCUUGCAGCGUGUCAAGCAAACGAAGUACUGCCGAUGAAUCCUGAUUUGCCUGCAGACUUGUUUACUAGCUGCUUGACAUCACCCAUCGAAAUUGCUGUGCGUUGGUUUGUGCUGCAGAAUCCACUGCCCAGCCCGUUGACCAUUGAUAUGGUAGCGCGGAUACCAGGUCGCUUACAGGAUCGUCGCACAGCGCUAGGAGAGCUCAAUUGGAUCUUCACCGCCAUUACAGAUACGAUUGCAUGGAAUGUCUUGCCAGGCCCGCUCUUUAAACGAUUAUUCAGACAAGAUCUCAUGGUUGCAGCCCUCUUUCGCAACUUCCUACUCGCUGAGCGCAUCAUGCGUGUGCAUCAGUGCCAUCCCAUGUCGUUUCCCGUCCUUCCAUCGACUUAUGCGCAUCCAAUGUGGGAUUCAUGGGACCUUGCCGUGGAUACCUGCCUAGCACAGCUACCAAGGCUUCUCAAUGAAUCAGAUGACUCGUACGUUCCUUCCACCUUCUUUGCAGAGCAGCUUCAAGCCUUUGAGGUUUGGCUUCAGACUGGUUCAGCCAGUAGAAAGGCGCCAGACCAAUUGCCAAUUGUGCUUCAGGUGCUCCUGUCCCAGGCACAUCGUCUGCGCGCUCUCAUCUUGCUCUCCAAAUUCCUCGACCUUGGUCCGUGGGCAGUCAACCUCGCACUGAGCAUCGGCAUCUUCCCCUAUGUCCUCAGACUGCUACAAAGUCCGGCCGCGGAGCUCAAGCCAGUUUUGAUCUUUAUUUGGGCGCGCAUCUUGGCCGUUGACGGUAGUUGUCAGACUGACUUGAUGAAAGCAAACGAGUACAAUUACUUUGUGCAAGUCUUGUUGAACCCAGACAUUCUCCUCGCUACCGCUGAACGGCUUGCACACAAGGCAAUGGCGACGUUCAUCCUUGCUGCGUUCGCAAAGGACUACCGACAAGGGCAAGUUGCGUUGUUGGGCGCGCAAGGACUUAUGGCGUGCGUUUUGGACAGAACACGCUUUGAUCCAACAGCCCAGUCUGACCCACAAGGUGACCCUCAACUUCGUCAAUGGAGUUUGUUGCUUAUUUCCUGUAGCUGGAAGGACUUUGCGGAAGCCAAAUGGCAAGGGAUCCGAGAGAAAGCUCCACAGCGUAUCGUUGAGGCCUUGGGGGAUAAUAUUCCUGAAGUUCGGGCGGCCGCGCUUGUUGCCAUGACUACAUUUUUGGGCCUCAAUAUGGAUGACGAAGUACAAGCAACGGAAGAGUACCUAGCUGUUGCAAGCUUAAGCUUGAGCGCUGAUGGAUCUGCCCUUGUUCGCAAGGAGCUUGUCGUCUUUUUGAGUGCCCUCGUUGUGCGCUACGAAAGCAAGUUUUUGGUUGCAGCUUUUGAGAUGCUCAGAGCAGAAGCAGGUGAACAGAAGAAGAUGCGCUCGAGAGACAGUGUCUACAGCGCAAUUUGGAAGACCCUGCUGAUGUUCUCUGCUGACCCGUUCCCAGAGGUUGAGCUAUCUGCAAAUGUUGUCCUAGACUCGCUCACCAAGAGUCUGUUGGCAAGCAAGCUCGGAGAUGCUACACGAGCGUUGCUCAACAUGCUAAGUCCCCCUGACGUUGUGCAGAUGACUCGCACAUUGACAUUGCGCGAUGUGGAAAAUCAACGCGAGCCGCUGCCAGAGUUGAAGCGCUCAAACACAUCGACUCUUAAACAAACCAUCAAGCGAUCAGCAAGCAUUGCUGUCUCGCUCAAGAAUUUCGCCCUUGGUUACCCAGACUCGUCAGAUGAUUACAGGCCUGAGCCAAAUCAGCCACCCCCGGCCGACCCAUCUGUGGUGCCACAAACGCCCCUAGCUGCACUACCACGGCCUUUGCCCAAGCAGUUUCGUCAGCCAUCACAGAAUCUGCCUUUAGAAAGCACCUUUUUGGCAUGGUCAUACGAGUACUUUACGGAACCUCAAAUGAAAUCUGAAGAGUCUGAAGAGCCUGGUUCGGUGGAUUACAACGAGCGAUUAUGGCGGCGGACACGGAACGAGCACAUCAUCCAGCACAAUCAGGGCCUUAAGGAUGUCGCAGAGCAUAACGCAUGGUCGCAACAGUCUGGCUUGUUUGACAAUGUAUCGCAACCGACGAAGUUGCUUUUCCAUCAGUUUGAACCACAUCUCCUGGCAGCAGAUGAUAAGGAUGGUCUUACAGUUUGGGACUGGGAGACUUCGCGACGCCUCAACAGCUUCUCAAAUAGCAACCCGCCGCGCAGUCGUAUCACUGAAUUCAAAUUGCUGAACGAAGACGACAAGGCAUUGUUACUGACGGGCUCGAGCGAUGGCGUGGUUCGUCUUUAUCGCAAUUAUGAGCAACCGGACGUGGAGCUUGUCACUUCUUGGCGUGCACUCAGUGACUUGUUGCCAAGCAACCGUAGUUCAGGUCUGGUUGCCGACUGGCAGCAGGGUAAAGGUCAUCUCUUGGUGGGUGGGGAUGUCAAAGUCAUUCGAGUGUUUGAUGCACGCAAGGAAGUCAGCAUCAACGAUAUCCCUGCUCGAAGCGGGUCUUGCAUCACAUCACUGACGAGCGAUCAGGUGGAAGGGAAUCUGUUUGCGGCUGGCUUUGGUGAUGGCGCAGUGCGCGUCUACGACAAACGACUUGGACCGCGCGAUGCAAUGGUCAAACUGUGGAAGGACCACAAGGCCUGGGUCACCAAUAUCCACAUGCAGCGUGGUGGUCAUCGCGAGUUGCUCUCAUCCUGCGUGACGGGCGAGGUCAAGUUAUGGGAUCUGCGUCUCGACUCUUGCGUCUCAGAAAUUGAAGCGCAUCGAGGGAAUUUGCGCAGCAUGGCAGUUCAUGAACAUGCCUCUGUCUUUGCCACUGGUAGCACGAACCACAUCCUCAAAGUCUGGACCAUGUCGGGACAGUCGCUCAGCACGAUGCGGCAACCGGCAGGAGGGUUCUUGGCAGGGCAAAGCGGCCGAAGCUCAGCUGUUUCGGCGUUAGCAUUUCAUCCACAUCGUAUGGUGCUUGCAAGCAGUGGCGGCAGUGAUUCGCACAUCCAUCUCAACAAGCCUGCGAGUGAUCGCGUUUUGUAGAUUAAUGAACUUUUUGAUGCCUACUCCUCAUCGCUGUCUUCGUACUGCGGUGCUCCCUCUA